GAGAGAUUUGCGCUCAUCCUUUGCUCCUCCUGUUUGCGUCAGAGUUUCGGCGGUGCGGAAGCAUUUACUCCUGUGUUCAUCCUCAGCGGCAACAAAAAGCUUCAAUUCCUGGAAAUUCAACCUUAACAUAGAAAAGGCAAUACAGGAGCUCAUACAGUAAGAGGAAGCAAGUGUUGGUUUCAUGUGCUCAGAUGAAACACAAUGGCUACUUCCUGUUUUCUUUCUACACAAAAGACGUUCCCACAACAUCUGACGUGUAAAGUCACCAGAAAUAAAAAAGUAGGGACACAAGUGAAGUCUAGCCUUCACACUGAGGAGCGCUGACUGAAAGACAGGCAUGUACUUAUCAGACAGGAGCUGUAUAUACAGUUGCUGGAAGAUUAGAAAGACUAUGAGGGAGGACAUAUGAUAACAUCAGCUGCUAUUUCCGGCAAAACCUGAAAACCCAGUGGAUUAUUUUACCUGUGCAUAAGAUUUUUACUGCACAGAUUAGAUGAGAGAGGUGUACUGUAGUUAUAAAGUGUGAGUGUGCAGCAAUGGAGAAGCUCAGUGAAGAUGGCUUUGAGAGAUGUGAACAGCUUGGAGACUGGUCCACCUUCACCUCUGGACACUGGGAUGAGGAUCACAGAGACAUCAGUGGCUUUGGGGACUGGGCUAGUUUUAAAGAAGGUCUCAGUGAAGAUAUUGAAGAUACUGAAGAGUUAUCAACUCACAAAAGGCUUGGCCAUGAACAUAAGGUAGAGAAAGAUGGUGUGCCCUCUAUUGUGAUUCAUGAUUGCUUUCAUGCUGAGGAGAUGGUAAGAGAUACAAGCAUGAUGGAUGUCCUGCCACUGUCACAGCUACUGCACAACUCCACACACACUCCUCCUCCAACACUACUAAGAAAGGGUGCCAGCUUUUAUCACAGGCUGUUGUGUGAUCCGAAGCCUCAGAGCAUCACUGGUCCUACAAAACCCAACUUGCAUUCCCACAAGUUGCUCACUGACACACUACAGCUCAAACAGACCAACACUUCACAGAACACUGAUAUACCUCAACUUGGGUUCGAGAAGCCUGAAAGUUCCCCUGCUGGUCUCAUCCAAACGAAGUUAACAUCACCCGUGUGGGGUCAGAAUUCACCUGGAUUCUUCUACCAGAUCUCGCACCAGUGGUUCGGACAGUACAGUUUGAGACUACAGAAUCAUCAGGGCAAGAAAGACCUGCUGUAAUGACACACACUGCCUUCUACAUUGAAACACUGAUAUACAGAAAAUAAACACAGUUUUUCUAAUACCACAGACAUCAUCAGGUCUAAACUAGCACAGGAAAUAGAUAAACUAACAUGGGAAAUUAUGAGCUUCACACAUCUAAAGUACUGUACGUGUUACAAAAAACUUUCAAUGUGUGUAUACACCCAUUAUGCUUGAUACAAAAAUAUUAUACCUAAAAUCAAAGGCAAAAAAACACAAACAUUUAAACUCAUAUGCUUAAGCUAAUAAUAUAAGGUGCUUACAUAAAAGGAUUCUACAAAACAAAUUUUAAACCAUGAAGGUCUGUUGCUUUACAGUACAUUCAUGGCUUAAAGACAUACUCUAAAGUCACAAAGCAUGUUUUACUUACUAGGACCCAUUAUACAGUAAGUUGCUCAAAAAUAACAAAAUUGCACAAUUGCAAUCUGAAGAUCAGUUGUAAUACACUUUGAACUAUAUGUAUAUUUAUAUAUAUAUAUAUCUACCUCAAGCAUGUUUAUUUCCAUGUGAAAACAAUUAAUGGAAAUGAAGCCUGUAUUUUGACAAUAUAUCCUAUAGCUUAUUAGGAGGCUGAGGUCAGAACACAAGGUCGGUCGUGCUCCUGCAACUGUAGGCUGUAAAUUAGUACUUGAACAAUCUUUGACAUGAAACAUUGCCUUAUAGUUGUUAAAGACGUUACAUAAUGUAUUGUUACUUUUGUCUACAGUGGUAUCUCAUCAACAUGGGCAACUGAUGCAGAGACCCACCAUCAUUCAUUCAUUCAACAAAAGUUAGCAAGCAUGGGGAAGUUUAGUAAGGAUUAGUUUCACUGAGGAUUUAUUGUCGCACUUAGUAGUCAAAAAUGGGACUUGGAAUAAGCUCUCAUGGGAGGCAAUUAGUGCCAGGAAUCGCUUUGCCCUUCUCUGCUCACUGUAAACACUGUGUUUCAGUGGCGAGGAGCAGCAGACACACAUUUAAUAACAUAAAAUCAGUUUUUAAACAGAUAUAUUACCAAGAUUUGGUAGAGGAAAUAAUGUGGAGUGGACAAUAUCUGUACAUCAAAAAUAUGUGUGAACUACUGAAGGGCUGUUCCUGAAUCAGUUCCUGAUUUUUGAUGGGCUAGUUUUAGUUGUUUUCAUUUGGUUUGUUCUAUUAUAGCCUUACUAGUAAAAAUUAAUUGAGUGAAGUGUGAUAGCCUCUAAACUUAAUUUUGUUUGAGGCUAUAUAGCUAUUAAUGUUGUUCUGCACACUAAUAUCUGUGGUCAGAAACCACUGCAUUUUUUUUAAAAGCACUAAAAAAUACUGUUUUGAACUGAAUGAUUUUUUAAAAAAUAUUAAAGUAUUUUAUUUAAUAUAAGUAUGGUAUAAGCCGCACUUUUUUUUCAAAUGGUGUUGAUUUGACUUUUUAAUAUUAAUAUAUUUAACAUUAAAUACAGUACAUCAAACAGAUAACUACCAUGUAGGUGAAAAUAUCUGUGUAUAAGAUUGAGACAAUAAUGUGAUACUGUAUACUGUGUACUUACUACAUGUGCUUCAGCAUUCCUUUAAAAAGGUUAAAGAAAAAAUAUUUUAUUUAUUUUUGCAACAAUAAUAUUUUAUAGGUUACACACAGAAACCAACAGUAAUAAAAAAAGAUUCAAUGCAUAUGACAACUCUCAUGUGGUCAGGGUCGCUUUCUUAUUGGUUUCUAAUUCCUAAUGCUAGACCACAAUAGCCAACCAACAAUAACCUCAGCACAUUUCUGUCAAAUGAACAAGGUGUUAGAAAUAAACCAAAAAAAACAGAACAA